ACUUGUGUUGCACACAGAAUGGAGCAGCACUGAGGGACCAGCAGCGAACCGAGAGGACUCGAGCCUGCGGUCAGCAAGACUUUUCCAGAAUGACGUCCAGUUGUCCGAGAUGCGUUAAGCCUGUGUUUUUCGCGGAGAAAGUAAGCUCUCUGGGGAAAAACUGGCAUCGCUUCUGUCUGAAAUGUGAGCGUUGCUGUAAGAUUCUGUCUGCUGGAGGCCAUGCAGAGCAUGAUGGAUUACCAUACUGUCAUAAACCAUGUUACGCAACCCUCUUCGGACCAAAAGGUGUGAAUAUUGGAGGGGCAGGGUCCUACAUAUAUGACACGCCUCCACCGACACCUGUUAAUAAAUCGUGUAACAGCCCUUCAGAAGGAUCGCCGACUACUCCUUGGACCAACUCGCAGAUCAACUAUAAUCAACCUAAAGCUUCUGCUACUCCUACACGUAUGUUUGCCGGAGAGACGUAUAUGUGUCCCGGCUGUGGAAAGGCAGUGUAUUUUGCUGAGAAGGUGAUGUCACUGGGUCGUAACUGGCACAGACCUUGCCUUCGCUGUAUGAGGUGCAAGAAAACACUCACACCUGGUAGCCAUGCAGAGCAUGAGGGCAACCCUUAUUGCCACGUGCCCUGCUAUGGGUACCUUUUUGGACCAAAAGGUGUGAACAUUGGAAAGGUGGGCUGUUACGUCUACGGAGAAAAUAGAGAGAAUGAGAUGCCAAGCGAAAAUUAAGUCAAACACUUUUUUAUUUGGUACAGAGAUGUUUUUUUUAACAUCAUUGUAAUCUAUAUAGUGUUAUUUUACUGCACAGAUCAUGGUUGCUGCCAUUUACAUUUAUGCAUUUGGCAGACGCUUUUAUCCAAAGCGACUUACAUUGCUUUAUCCUAUACAUUUAUACAUAGGCAUGUGCAAUCCCUGGGAUCGAACCGACAACCUUGCGUUGUUAACGCAUUGCUCUUACCACUGAGAUACAGGAAAGCAUUUAAGAAAAAAUCUUACAAAGCGACAGUUCCCAUCCUAUGUAUAUGUACAUAUUCAUACACUCGCACAAGCUCCCUUUCACAAACACACAAUACACAGACUCCCAGCUUCUGUGUAUUCAUUCACAGGCCUGUGUAGUGUCUUAUUUAGAAAAAGGUUGUAAUUAUAACUUGAGAAAGCUGUAAAUCCUUUACUUGUGUAACUAAUAAAGAUAUUUUAAAAGAG